GUCACUCUCGUCAAUCGAACCGUCGGUGUCGAUCUGAUCCCAGGUCGGUGUUCUCUGCGCGCUCCCAUGCGGUGACCACGUGUCUCUGUCCGGCCUGCCAGCGGACCAUGUGGAGCAGCAAGAUGGCGGCGCAGUGGAGGGGGAAAGACGGGGAUUUAAAUGCCGGCAACAGCGACUUUCUGACCCACAACGCACCCGAUGAGUUGGUCCUGAAUCAGCGUGAUGGGGAAAUGGACACACAGUCCUGCAUGGAUCACUCAAUCCUGGCCAUUUUUGAGGACUCCACUGUUGCAUCAGAGGAUAAGAGUGGAGGGGAGGAAGAGAGUGCGACCCUGCUGUCGGCCUUGACAGAGAUGUUGGACAGUGUGGAGGAUGACGAUGGGACUCUUUCUCCCUUUGACACCCUGCCGGACACCAAGCUCCUCACCCACCCAGAGUGCAGAGAUAACUCAGUGGAACUUUCAGUUGCUGACAGACUUAGACCGAGAUCCAAAUCACCAAACGUAACAUUCACAAUUAAGAUUGAUGGAGGAAAGGAAGACAAGAGUAAAAUAGAGAGAAAGAGCCCUCCACAGUUGUUCAAACAACAAAGUCAAACAUUGUUUCACUCCAGAAAGAAGAAAACAGAGGCUGAAGUCGAAGUCUUCACCUCAAGUUCUCUUGUCAACCUGGUGAGGCUCAUGCACCCCUACUGUAUGAAGCUGCAUGUGGAAGAGGAGGGGGAUAAACUAAGGAGAAAUGCCACUUUAUUCUCUCAGGAAGAGGUGUGGAAGUAUGAGAGACCCACUGAAGAGAGCGAUGAAGAGAUUAAUGUUGUGUCUGACGACGAGGUGACUUUGCAGGAGACAAAAGAGGAAGGAAAAGGAGAUAAAGUCAGUGAUAAUGGGAAACUCUUGAAGAGUGCAUUGCUUAAUGGAAACUCAUCCAAAGAUUCACCAUCCAGAGAGAAGAAAAGGGUGAGCUUUGGCCUUGUUCAAGUUGCGUCUUUUGAUGAAUCGGUGGAAGAGGGUUUUAACAAGAAAAACCUAACAAGUAGAACUGUGUCAGCUCUACUGAACAACACAAAAGCACUUGAAAGUCCAGCUGGCUCAGCACUUGAACCCCAAACACCGUCCUCAGAGAUGAACAGUAACAAAGAUGAGGUUCAGCCAGCGAAAGGUGAGACAAAGGCCAAAUCACUCAGCCUCCAACAGUACAGACAGAUGCGCCAAAAGAGACAGCCCCUGGUGGAGAAACAGGGGAACUACACCACCAAGUGGCCCUCUGUUUCUGAACCCCCCAAGGAGCUGACCCCCAUCCUCUGUUUACAGGGACAGAACAGCCCAGGACCAAAGACAGCACAUCGUUAUCCAGAUAGUAGGAGAGGUGGUGCUGAUCAACUCCUUAGAUCUCAAACUUCUGCCAACAAGACCCAUCACACCUCUGCUCUGCCCAGGCUUCAACAACCCACUCCUUUACAUCGCACUGGAUUAAAGCGCCCAAGGACUGAAUCCAAAAUGAUAUCUCCUGCUAGUCCUCUGCCAGACGUCACAGUUAACCCAAGUGUAAGUCCAGUAAAGAAACUAGCACUGCUCAGUAGUGAUCCCCCAAAUCCCGUCCUCCUCCCACUGCCAGUUAGCCAAACAUCAUCACCAUCUACCGAAGACUCCUCAUCAGAGUCCAAAGAGGAGCUCAACAGAGACUCCAACCUCAACAGCACCAGACACUUUCAAGAAACCCAAAAUGAAUCCUCAGGCAUGUCUCUUCAACCACAGCCAUCCUCAGUAGGGCGAAAGCCCGAGGUGUUGUCAGUAAACCAGGACAGCACCACCCCGUUUCAGGAAGUUAAAAUCAGGUUUACAAAGACAGCUUCAGGAUCUUCAACACUGUGCCCAACCGCAACACGAACCCAACCUUCUUCAGAGGGCCAGGUUCUCCAGCCUCAAAACUGCAAUCCCACCCUGAUGAAAGAAACCAAGCCAGAAACAAAGAUUCCUCUGUCACCAAGUCAUGUUAUUGCUCCCAUACCAACAAAGGAGACACUACCAGAGGUUCCCACGAGUAAAUCCCAACCUGAGGAACCACUGCCCACUAUUCAGUUUGGCUGCAGAGUGCAGAGUGCUACAGCUGACUCAGUAAUUGAAGCGCCUGAUCUGACCAGCCUGCUGGAACAAUUUGAGGAAACACAAGCUAAAGAGCAGAGAGUGGACCCCCCUGUGGAACCACUUAAACCUUUAAGCACUUCAGACUCACCCGGGACUCCAAAAACCCUCAGGAAUAUACCGCAUCUUCAAAUGUCAGAGGGUGUGGACAUUCCAGAGCCCCUUGGCACUGAAAUCAUCCUCACCACUCACCAAGAUCUUCCAGCAAGACGCAAAAAUACCACAUCCAAGGCCAUUCAGAUAAUCGACCCCCGUCCUCUACCGCCCAAGAAGACCCACAGUAACUGCUCAGAGUUCCCUCCUGCUCACAUUUCGCUUCACAUGUAUUCAUCUAUAUUAUCCGAUCACGAUUACUGCGGACCUGUAGACCGUUUACUUACAAGUGCUACUCAACGCAGCAGACCCUCUAAAGUCAAGGAUGUUUGUAAAACCACAGAUGAAUUUCAGGUAACUGCCCAUGACUCAAAUGCUGUCAUUGAAUGCAAACAACAGACCUCCAUCGGUGAAGGUAACACCACCAUCAGGGCUGUUAAUAAGUCUGCGACGCAGCAUGUCUCUGAGGAGCCCAAGACCAGAUCAGAGACAAACCAGUCCACAAACAAAGUUUUGGCGGUCUCAGACAGCGCUACCACAGAACAAGACUGUGGUCGUGCAGCUGAAGAUAAGCCUGCCCCGUGCACCAUCCCUACACCUCCACCCAGCCCUCCUGCCAGAGGGAGGGACAAAAGGAGGUAUCAGAGAAGAUCUCCUCGCUCCGACUCCAGCUCUAGCUCUUGUUCCUCGUCGACGUCGUCCUCCUCCUCCUCCAGCUCUGUAUCUCGUUCUCCAAAAAGACAAAAGCGCCGUCACAAGCGUUCAGAGAGCAGUUCAUGUUCGUCGUCCCCUUCCCGCUCUCCACCCUGCCGCUACAGGUGGUCCUACUCUAGAUCAGGAUUCAGCAGGUCAAGAUCCAGAUCUUGGUCCCAGUCUAGGUCCCCAUCCAGAUCCCGAUCACCAUCCCCACGGAUUUGCCGUAGGCAGUGGAGAGAUGUUUACAGGAGCAGAGAUUCCAGGAAGCUCAGGAGAGAGCAUGAGAUCCGGAUUCAGAAACUCAAAGCCAUAGAUGAGCGCAGGGUGGUGUACGUUGGUCGCAUCUGCAGGUCCAUGACACACGACGAACUCAGGGAACGCUUCUCUCAAUUUGGAGAUGUCGAAUGUGUGUCACUUCACUUCAGAGAAAGAGGUGACCACUACGGCUUUGUCACAUUCUACAACAUGGACGAUGCUUUUGCAGCCAUCGAUAACGGCGGCAAACUACGGAGGCCUGACGAGCUGCCGUUUGACCUCUGCUUUGGUGGAAGAAGACAGUUCUGUAAUUCAGACUACGCUGACCUAGAUGCAAACCGAGAUGCAGAACCGUCUCCUGCCAAGAACAGGUUUGAGGACCUCGAUUUUGAUCAGCUGCUGAAACAAGCCCAGAAAGGAUUAAAGAGGUAGCGGAGCUGUGUGGGAGGACAAGAACACAGAGCUGGAUGUGGCAGAGAUGAAAAGAACCUCAGAGCCUUACGCUCGCACUUAUGUAGCAAUCUUUUAUAUGUCAGUAAUUUCUGCAUGUUUUGACUCUUAAUUUGCAUGCAGUUUGAUGUGUACAGUUAAUAUGUAAGAAUAUGUAGCACUGUUCAUUGAUAACAUUAUUAGUGGAACCCACUAAAGAUUUUUGUUGCAUUCCAUAACACUGAUAAUGUUUUAUAUAUUUGUAUAUAUAAAAAAUAAAGGCUGUUUAUUGUG